GAUUAGCAGUCCAUCGCCUUAACCACUCGGCCACCUCGUCAUGUAUUCAACAUGGCACGCAAUAUUGUUCCUUAUCACCAGUGUUAAAGAUGGUGGAUUCUCAGUACUACCUGCCAAAUGACAUUGGCAUAUCUGCACUUGACUGCGGCGAGGCCUUCCGCUUGCUAUCACCUCAGGAGAAGAUGUACGCCCACUACCUGUCACGCGCUUCCUGGUAUGGAGGUCUGGCAGUGCUGCUGCAGACAUCACCAGAGUCAGGAAACAUCUUUGUCUUGCUGCAGAAAAUCUUCAGGAAGCAGACGCCUGCACAGCUUGAACAGGUCGCCACAGCAGUUGGACUCAGCUCGGAGGAAUACCAGGCCUUCUUGGUGUAUGCAGCAGGACUGUAUGCCAACAUGGGAAACUACAAGUCUUUCGGAGACACCAAGUUCAUCCCAAAUCUACCCAAGGACAAGCUGAAAGCUCUGGUGAAGGCCAGCCAGGCAUUUCAGGAUCAGCCUGCUGAGAUGGAGGCUCUGUGGGACAGCUGCUCAUGUCUCCUGUACUCCCUGGAAGACAGACAGAAACAGCUGGGGCUGGGCGACAAGGGAAUUACCACCUACUUCUCAGGAAACUGCUGUCUAGAGGAUGCUGAGCUGGCUCAGAGGUUCCUUGACUCAAAAAAACUGGCUGCUUACAACACCCGUCUGUUCAAGAGGAACAAUGGAGGGAAAGACUGCUACGAGGUGCGCUUGGCUUCAGCUGUGCAGAAAGACUGUGCAGUGGAAGGGGAAUGCGAGUCGUGCUGCGGCACCUUCAACUUUGAAGACAAAGAGUUCACUGUGAAAAGGGGAGACUACGCCCCUGUCAUGGAGAAAGUCUGCCACUACCUGCAACAGGCAGAGGCCUACGCUGCCAAUGACAACCAGAAAAAGAUGCUUGAAGAGUACAGACGUAGCUUCACCUUUGGCUCAGUUGAAGCCCAUAAAGAGGGAUCGCGCUACUGGAUCAAAGACAAGGGACCAAUUGUUGAGAGUUAUAUAGGUUUCAUUGAGAGCUACAGGGACCCAUUUGGCUCCAGAGGAGAGUUUGAAGGUUUUGUUGCAGUUGUAAACAAGGCAAUGAGCGAGCGUUUUGCCAAACUAGUGAGCUCAGCAGAAGUGUUGCUUCCUGAGCUGCCUUGGCCCAGGGAGUUUGAGAAGGACACUUUCCUUAAACCUGACUUCACCUCCCUGGACGUUCUCACCUUCGCUGGGAGCGGAAUACCAGCUGGCAUCAACAUCCCCAACUAUGAUGACAUCAGACAGUCUGAGGGCUUUAAAAACGUGUCUCUGGGAAACGUGCUGGCUGUAGCCUAUGCUACACAAAAAGAAAAACUCACGUUCUUGGAGGAGGAGGACAAGGAUUUGUUUAUCAAGUGGAAGAGCCCAUCGUUUGAGGUGCAGGUUGGACUUCAUGAACUGUUGGGUCAUGGAAGUGGCAAGUUGUUUGUCCAGGAUGACCAAGGCAAGUUCAACUUUGACCAGAACAAGGUGAUCAACCCGGAAACUGGUGAGCUGGUGUCCAGUUGGUAUCGCGGCAGUGAGACCUGGGACAGUAAAUUCUCAACAAUCGCUUCCUCUUACGAAGAAUGUCGUGCUGAGUGUGUCGGACUCUAUUUGUGUCUCAAGAAAGAAGUGCUGAGUAUUUUUGGAAAUGAGGGCCAGGAUGCGGAGGAUGUGGUGUAUGUGAACUGGCUCAGCAUGGUCAGAGCUGGACUGUUGGGCCUGGAGUUCUACACACCUGAGAGCAAGAGCUGGAGACAGGCUCACAUGCAGGCUCGUUUUGUGAUCCUGCGUGUGCUGCUGGAGGCCGGGGACGGCCUGGUGGGCCUGGAGGAAGUGAUGGGACAGGACGGCAAGCCUGAUGCUCGAAUCACAAUAGACCGAAGCAAGAUCCACACUGUGGGCAAGAACGCCAUCCACAGGUUCCUCUGUAAACUGCAGGUCUUAAAGGCGACAGCGGAUGUGGAAGGAGGCAGGGCUCUCUACGACGGCUACUCCACCGUCAGCGACAGCGGCACUCACAACUUCUUGCGUCUGCGAGAGACGGUGCUGCUGAGGAAGGAAGCUCGCAAGAUGUUUGUCCAGGCAAACACCAGAGUCAACGGGGACAGUGUGGAUCUGGUGGAAUAUGAAGGCAGUGCGGCAGGUUUGAUCCGCUCCUUCACUGAGCGCUUCCAAGACGACUCCGAGCAGCUAGAGGCCAACAUUUUGGAGCUGAGCAAAAUGGAUGCCCACUGCUGGUGUUGAUGGACAUCCUCUCCACAGGCUACAAAAAUACCAACAGAAAUCAGAUCCUUUUUUUUUUUUAACCAAAUGGGAACACCACCCGAUUCUUAAUGGACGUUAAAAUACACAAAACUGCUAAAUGAUCCAAAUCUGUUAAGAAGGCACUUCUGAGGAGACUAAAUUAAAGUACUUCAAAUAAAGCCAUAAGACUAGAACAGAUCUGCCAUAAAUACACACCAGCCACAGUAUUCAAAGUGUGCUUGACCAACGUCAGGUCUGUCUUUGAUAACAGAUAUAAUGAUAGAUGAUAACACAAUGAUAACACAAAUAAAGGUUAUUAUUAAUACGACACCGUCACUCCUUCAGAUGCAUUUAGGAAACAUUUUUCUAAUGAGACAUCACUCACUUAAAUAUUGAGAACUGUCCAUUAAACCAAUGCUGCCUGACAAUAAAAACGGUUCCUGGUUAUAAACAUAUAUGUAGGUAGUUUUCUCUUUCUAAUCGUGACAUGGUUAGAAAUUGGCUUCAUAGUGUUAAUUCACAAAAAUGCUCAGUAUGUCUGUACUCACAAUUAUGUCACUGAAUUGAUAAAAGUUUUACAGUCAACUUUUGGCUAAAGAAUAUUCCAUAUUUAAAGUUUAGUCAUUAAGUAAAAUGUUUGUCCAGCUUUGGUGUUGAUGAUGAUUUGAUAAGUUAAGACUGUUAAAUAGCUGCUAUGACAGCUUAAUUUUGACUGUAAGGCAAAAAAAAAAAAAAAACCUUAAAAAAACUUUUUCUUUUUGCCAGGUUUGGUAUAAGGAAGUCAUGGGUUACUUGACUGUAUAAAAUGAUGUGGCAUCUGCUGGCAUAAAAAACUACGUAAAAACUGUGCUGUUGAACCUUAACAAAUAAAAUGAGUUUGAUAAGA